AUGGCGGAAGAAAACUCAGCUCCGCCACAAGGAGAAGAGAGGGGGAGCGCGCAGAAGGGGGCGAACGUGCAGGGGGAAGCGCUCCCACAGGGGGAAACGCGCGCACUGGGGGAAACCGGGGGAAAGGGGGAAGCUGGGGGAGCGGAGCUGAUGGACACCACCGAUGCGCCGAAGCAGGGACUGUCGCUCCUGCUGGCGUCAGCUGAGCUCAUCAGCCAAGGCGCGGAAGCGGAGGCUAGGAGCAUGGUGUGCGCAGCGAGACUAGGAGUGGCGGAGCCAGACUGCCAGUGCUGUGCUGUACAGCGUGGAGGAGGGAGGGGGAGCAGGACCGAUGCAUGGUAUGGUAGCAGCUCAGAGAAAAGUGCUGGGGUUGGUGCACUUCAACUGGGAGUGGCGGUGCCGGUGCUGUACGGAGCGGAGGAGGGGGAGCAGCACCGAUAA